UGUUGAGACUAUAGACUAUAAGUUCAGCUGUCCCUUUUAUAGAGCUGCUCCAGUUCACUAACAUCCAGUUCUCCUUGUUGGGACUAUAGACUAUAAGUUCAGCCGUCCCUUUUAUAGAGCUGCUCCAGUUCACUAACAUCCGGUUCUCCUUGUUGAGACUAUAGACUAUAAGUUCAGCUGUCCCUUUUAUAGAGCUGCUCCAGUUCACUAACAUCCAGUUCUCCUUGUUGAGACUAUAGACUAUAAGUUCAGCUGUCCCUUUUAUAGAGCUGCUCCAGUUCACUAACAUCCAGUUCUCCUUGAACCUCUGGAACAUCAUUAUGUGUGUACCCAGACAUACGCUCCUUCUUUUAUUUUACUUUAUUUUCGUUAUUUUUAUAAUUUGUAUUGCUACUGAGGUCGUUCUCCAUAGCUUAAUUUUUUUUAAUUAAAAAAAAGAAGUUUUAUCAACGAAUAUUUCUGGACACAGUUCUUAAAGCAAUACUGUUUUAGAUUAUAUUAACAAUUUCUUAACCGGUGUAUCCGCGAUCUGUAUUAUCAUAUCGAUACCACCUUUCUUUCAUACUCAUGAAAUCAAUAUAACAAUCACAAUAGAUAUUACAAGAAGCUAUAAUUAUGAUGAUGAAGUUUGUGGCAGUAUUUCUACUCGUGGCUGUAUCUUAUGGACAAGAAUGUACAGAUAAUGUCGGAACAGAAUUUUGUGAGGGUUACCUGGCAUUGGGUGGCAAGUGCGACAAGUACAUGACACCAAGUUGUCAAAAAACGUGUGGUGACUGCCCGCUAGCUGCACCAUGUCUUGAUACCUUGGAGGCUCUGAGUCCUGGGACUUGUGGAGGCUUUGUAGCAAUGUACCAGGGAAACUGCAAGGGAAACUCAAACUCAAAAUAUCUAUUGGAACAGUGCGCUAAAACUUGCGGUGUCUGCUAACUGGGUGCUAAGUGCUGAUGAUAACGCGAUCACGUGAUGACGUGAUGGUGGAGGGUACGAGGAUAGAGACAAUUAUUCAUUGUUAUCUUAAUCAAUGAGUACAAUUAGUUGAUUUCUGUAAUCAUAGCUUACAAUUUUAAAAUGUGUUUAAAACGAUUCCUUAUUACUUUACUAUACUAUUCUUCUUUUCCUGUAUUUGAUGGUAUUAGCAUUUGCAUUUGUCUUAUGUAUCUGUCUUAUUUGUUUAAAUUAAACAUAAUGUUAUCACAGAUACAGCAAUCA